AUGGCUCCACAAACCGAUGAAGAAAUGGAGGUUGAGAUUGCGAACGAGACGGCCAUCUUCCAAAAUAUUCAAGCAUCACUCGAGAAGAAGAUGAAUCUUCCGGUGGCGAAGAAGCCGAUCGCGCCGGCCGAGCAGGAGGAGAUCGACGCGAGAUCGGUGUACGUGAGCAACGUGGACUGGGAUUCGACGAGCGCCGACUUGGAGAAGCUGUUCCACGGGUGCGGAGCCAUCGUCCGCAUCACGCUGCCCAAGUGCCGCCACACGGGAAGAGCCAAGGGACUCGCGUACGUCGAGUUCGCGAGCGUCGAAGGACAGCAGAACGCGCUGAAGAUGUCCGGAGCCGAGAUGAGAGAUCGGAUCGUGAAAGUGGAGGCGAAGAGGACGAACAAGCCGGGGAUGGCUGCUCGUGGCGGACACUUUGGAAGAGGAGGAGGAGGAGGAGGAGCAGUGCGAGGAUUUCACAAGGGACACAACGCCGUCAUCGUCAAGUAUGUGUAUGUGAACGGACCGGCGCGCGGAGGAAGAGGGGCCCGCGGAAAGAGAUUCGCUCCUUAUUGA